AUGUGUGGUAUUAUCGCUUUGAUUCAGGCGAACCCGUCAGCUUCCGCUGCCGUCGAUCUCCAUGAGGCACUCUACCUGCUUCAGCACAGAGGUCAGGAUGCAGCUGGUAUUGCCACGUGCGCUACCGGCGGUCGUUUCUACCAGCUCAAGUCGAACGGUAUGGCCGCCAAGGUCUUCAAUGACGGCGCCAGGGUGGCAGACCUCCCGGGUUCAAUGGGAAUCGGACACUUGAGAUAUCCUACCGCCGGAAGCAGUGCCAAUGCUGAGGCCCAGCCCUUCUAUGUGAACAGUCCAUAUGGAAUCUGCAUGGCCCACAACGGCAACCUGAUCAAUGCUCCCGAGCUGAAGAGAUAUCUGGACCUCGAGGCCCACCGUCACAUCAACACCGACAGUGACAGCGAACUGAUGCUGAACAUCUGGGCGGACGAGUUGAGCGAGACCAAGAAGGCACGUGUCAACAACGAAGAUGUCUUUGCCAGUCUGAGCCGCAUGUACGAAAGAUGCCAGGGUGGUUUCGCCUGCACGGCUAUGCUUGCCGGAUUUGGCAUCCUUGGUUUCCGUGACUCCUACGGCAUCCGUCCUCUUGUCCUCGGUUCCCGACCCUCAACAGACUGUGAUGGCAUGGACUACAUGAUGGCCUCCGAGUCGGUUGCACUGCACCAGCUUGGAUUCACCAACAUCCGUGACAUCCAGCCUGGUGAGGCGGUCAUCAUCCAGAAGGGCGCCGAGCCUGUCUUCCGCCAGGUGGCUCCCAAGAAGGCCUACGCUCCUGACAUCUUCGAAUACGUCUACUUCGCCCGCCCUGACUCCGUCAUUGACGGAAUCAGCGUGUACCGUAGUCGCCAGCGUAUGGGUGACCGUCUUGCUGCCAGAAUUCUCGACAUCCUUGGGCCGGAAGUGGUCAAGAACAUCGACGUGGUCAUCCCCAUCCCUGAGACAUCCACCACCUCGGCCGCUGCUGUCGCGCGGUAUCUCGACAAGCCAUACUGCCAAGGUUUCGUCAAGAACCGCUAUGUCUUCCGUACUUUCAUCAUGCCUGAACAGAAGACGAGACAGAAGGGUGUUCGCCGCAAGCUGAACGCUAUGCAAGCCGAGUUCAAGGACCGAAAUGUCCUUCUGGUUGAUGACAGUAUUGUGCGUGGUACGACGAGUCGAGAGAUCGUCACCAUGGCCCGGGAAGCCGGUGCCAAGAAGGUCUACUUCGCCAGUUGCGCUCCCGAGAUCACCCAUGCUCACAUCUACGGUAUCGAUCUGGCAUCGCCUACCGAGCUGGUUGCCCACGGUCGCAACGUGGUGGACAUUGCCAAGCACAUUGGUGCCGAUAGCGUCAUCUACCAGACCUUGGACGAUCUGAAGGGCGCAUGUGCCGAGAUUGCCCAGGAGAACGGCCUCGCUGAGCCUCAGGAUUUCGAGGUCGGUGUGUUCUGCGGUAACUACAUCACCCCCGUCUCGGAUGGCUACUUCGAGCACCUGGAGGAGCUUCGCGGUGAGGGCCGCAAGAUCAAGGCCCUGGACCGCGCCAAGGAGGCUGUCACGCAUGGCUUCGCCAGUGAGACGGACUUCAAGAUGGCUGCCAACGGGGUCAAACUCGAUUCCAAUGGCAACAUCGUCCCCGCGGCCAAUCCCGGCGAGUCGGAGGUGCCCAAGGUGGGCAUCAUCAGCGCCCCUAAGCACUCCCAGGAGGAGCACCCCAAGGUCAAGGACCGCAUGGAUAUCAGCAUUCACAACAUGGGCGACCAUCACUGA